AUGGCCGUCCACCAUAUCUGGCGGGACCCGUGGGAGCGCAAACUAGAAUCCGAGAAGAAUUGCUCGGGCAUCAGACGCAAUUCAAUCGACUAUCCAGAGGCUGGUGCACUGUUGGAGAUUGUGGACACCAGACCUGCCUAUGACGUGUCCACAACGUUGGACAGUUCGGGUAAUCUAACCACGGACUGGAUCCAGACCACUGUCCUUACACCUGAGGAAGAAGAGCGAGAACGGGCCCAGAAGGACACUACCGCCACGGAAAGGUACCACGAAUUGCAGCAGCCGGAAGCCGAAACAAAGAAAAUACCUGAUCUGCUCGCCGAGCUGAGGGCUCUAGGAGUCACGGUCGUGGACAGUGAACCUCGCUCAUACUGA